GUUGGGUGUCUGUUGUCUCACGAUGGAAGAUAACGGUGCACAUUUCUUCGAGGGGACGGAAAAGCUUCUGGAGGUGUGGUUCUCCCGCCAGGACGAGACCAAAGGAACCGGAGACCUCCGAACCAUCCCAAGGUUUGAGUGGGACAAACUCUUGGAGAAUGUGCAUUGUUUGAUUAUAAGUGUGACAAAGACUGACAAGCAGGAAGCUUAUAUACUCAGUGAGAGUAGCAUGUUUGUCUCCAAGAGACGUUUCAUUUUGAAAACGUGCGGAACCACCCUUUUGCUGCAAGCGCUGGUCCCCCUGCUGGAGCUGGCCCGGGAGUACAGUGGCUUCGAUGCUAUUGAGAAUUUUUUUUACUCUCGUAAAAACUUCAUGAAGCCGACCCACCAGGAAUUCCCUCAUCGGAACUUUCAAGAAGAGGUGGACUUUCUCAGUGAGAUUUUCCCAAAUGGUGCGGCCUACUGUAUGGGACGGUUGAACUCGGACUGCUGGUACUUGUUCACCCUGGACCUACCUGAGUACUGGGAGAACAAGCACGCCGACCAGACCCUGGAAGUUCUGAUGAGCGACCUGGACCCAGCCAUCAUGGACCAGUUCUUCAUGAAAGAUGGUGUUUCCGCAAGUGAUGUCACUCGUAUGAGUGGAAUUCGUGACCUGAUUCCAGGUUCUGUGAUUGAUGCCACAUUGUUUAACCCAUGUGGCUACUCCAUGAAUGGCAUGAAGACUGACGGAACUUACUGGACCAUUCACAUCACUCCAGAGCCAGAGUUCUCCUAUGUCAGCUUUGAAACUAACUUGUCCCAGACUUCGUAUGAUGACCUAAUUCGUAAGGUGGUAGAGGUCUUCAAACCGGGAAAGUUUGUCACAACCCUUUUUGUCAAUCAGAGCUCCAAAUGCCGUAGUGUCUUCUCCUCAGCUCAGAAACUGGAUGGCUACAAGCGGCUGGAUCGGCAGCUGGCUCAAUUCAACGAUUAUAAUUUUGUCUUUACAAGCUACGCCAAGACGUGUCAGCAGAACCAGAAGAGCUGAGGGCGAGGGCCCUCUAGUGUUGUCCCCGUGCUGCCCCUGCUCUGCCGUCCUGAUAGUGCGGCCGGGCCAUAGUUCAAGCCCCACUUUGGCUUGUCGUAUCUGUGACCUAGAUUUAUUGCAUGAAAGCUCUUUUCUCUGUUUCGAUAUUCUAGCUCACUCUUGCUGUGAUGAAGUGCAUGUAGAAGAAUUUGGAGGCGCUGUGCUCAGUCCACUCCUUUCCCUGCAGACGGGCUGGCCCCUGGCAUGCUCGGAAAGAUGGCCUCUUUGUGACCUUCCCUGUGGGGCUUCUUUUUGAGCGCACUUUACCUGUACACGGUCCGAACAGAACGAGUGAAUGUAAACGUAGCUGUGAGCUCUUCCAUGCACUUUGAGCCAAAACCAAAGCCUCUCAGUGGUUGCUCUGCUGGGCUUGCCUGCUGCAUUCAUCUGACCUGACAAUCAAAUGUAGUUUUUCAAAACACUAUGUGUAGAGGUACAUAAAAGAAUAAUUCUAUUUCAUACAGUUAUCUGUGUCUAUGGGAAUAUUCUGGAAAAGUCCCUAUCUAUCCAGUCAUAUUCAGCCCGUUUUUCUGCUUUCACACCUGGUCAAAUGGAAAUUUAGUCAGUCCAUGCCUCUAGAGAAAAGCCUGGAUGUGGUAAUGGCUCCCUCUGCUGGCUUUGCCUUGCCACAGACCCUGACAGUGGCACCAAUGAAUCCCACACUUUUGCUUAGCCCAGCGCUUGCCCAGCAAAGCAUUUUUCUUUUGGCCGCAUUAUAGCCACGUCUGUGUCUUUCUGCCCUAUACAUAAAUGUAGAGGCACAAUAGAGGCCCAGCAGUCUGAGCAUGCCAGGGUGAUCCCGGAUCAUUCCACACAUCACUGUUGCAAAUACUGCCGUUUUAUUCCAUUUAUUGAAUUGGUCUCAUUGUGGUUUGUCUUUGUGGGGCCUGGCCUGUGACUGAGUGUCUUCCUUAUGUGUCUCUGGCUCCUGGUUUUACCUCAGUGCUCAGCGCUUUAAACCUGAAAAGCACUGUCCUUUUGAGCAGCUAGAAGAGUGGCAAAGUUGGAACAGUACUAAGGACCAAGAGCUGCCUCACUUUGACAAAAUGCUUAGUUUUGAAAAGGUGAAGUUUUUCUGUCGUAGUGUCAAGGGAAAAAAAGCCAGCACUCCUAGGUUGAAUGCCAUCUCUUAGAUUAGCUUCUACAUAUAGCUAUGGUGGCAUAGGUCAAUUGUUUAAACAGCCAUCUUCGUAUGUUUACUGAUUUGUUUAUUUUUUAUUUACAAAAAUCAUUUGUAUUCACUCUGCGGACCAAUCUAAUUUGUCUGUGGGCCUUUUUGUCCAGUGUUGAGUGGUGAAGUAGGCACUGAGUAACUGAGGAAGAAGCACUGUUGCAGGAGCCAGGGCCAUACACGGAAGCAAAACUUUGCUGUUCACUUCUUUCUUUUGCUGUUCUUUGGAUGGUCAAGAUGUGCUAAAUAUCUGUGUUACCACCUUGAGGCUUCAAUAAAAAAAGUACUUGUCAA